AUGACCGAAAUCGUAAUGAGCCAGACACCACCGAUUCUGCAUGGCCCUUCAGAAAAGGAACGGAAAUAUGAUCGUCAGCUUCGCCUAUGGGCUGCCAGUGGCCAAGCUGCCCUCGAGUCAGCCAAUAUCUUGCUGGUGAACUCUGGCCCUGGCACAGUGGGUGUUGAGACUUUGAAGAACCUGGUGUUGCCAGGAAUUGGUCGCUUUGCCAUUUAUGAUGAAGCCAGGGUCGAGGAAGCAGACUUGGGCGUCAACUUCUUCCUGGAUGAGGACAGCCUGGGAAAGCCGAGGUCAGAGAGUCUCACAGGACAUCUGUUGGAGCUGAACCCAGAGGUCCAGGGUGACUGGUAUCCGAAUGAGAAUGUCAAGACUUUAGACUCCCUCCUCACGAGUUCCCCCGUCUUCACAACCAUCAUAUAUACACACCCCAUCACACCAGAGAACCUCUCGCUUCUGGAAUCACAUGGGCAACAACACCAAACCCCGCUGGUGGCGAUACACUCCGCUGGCUUCUACUCUUACUUCCGCAUCAACCUCCCAGGAGCUUUCCCCAUCGUCGACACACAUCCAGACGAGACAGCCACGACAGACCUUCGCCUCCUCACCCCAUGGCCUGAGUUGGCUGUGUUCGCGGAGGAGCUAACGAAGAACAUUGAUGAUCUGUCUGACUUCGAGCAUGGUCACCUGCCUUAUGUCGUGAUAUUGCUCCACUAUCUUGAGAGAUGGAAAGCGGAGCACGAUGGCAGCUACCCCUCAACCUACAAGGAGAAGACCGAGUUUCGUCGGAUAGUCCAGGGCGUGGCGAGGACCCAGAAUGCCGAGGGUGGCGAAGAGAACUUUGAUGAAGCGGCUGCUGCCGUGCUCAAGACCCUUGUGGUGCCAUCACUACCGUCAGGGUUGAAGGAGAUCUUCGAAUACGAGCGCACAAACCCAGCGGAGCAAAAGUCCGGGUUCUGGGUGAUCGCCGACGCGGUCAAGGCCUUCUACGAGAAGCACAAGUGCUUGCCCCUCCCGGGGAAAGUCCCUGACAUGAAGGCCCAGUCCAAGGUGUACAUUCAGCUCCAGAAUAUCUACAAGGCAAAGGCACGCAAGGAUGCUGCUGAGAUCUUGGAAACCGUCCAAGCCACGGCCGGUGGCCAGACCAUCGAUCCCGCAGAAGUGGACCUCUUCUGCAAGAACGCAGCCUUUGUCAAGCUCAUCAACGCAACGACAGGGAAGAUCAGCAGGGCAGAUCGCUUGAACGAGGUAGCAGCCCAAGAGUUUCGCAACGACGAGCAAGCCGAAAUGACCCUCCAGCCACUCUCGCUUCUCCCCAUUUAUCUCGCCAUGCAGGCAACAGCCCACCAAGUUGAGACAGAAGACGGCCGCGGCUGGCCUAGACAAGAGGAGGUGUUGGCAAGGGUAGCCAAGAUGGUGCCCGGGGCAGACGAGAACGAGAGGGUUCGCCAGGCGGUGGAGGAGGUGGCUCGCGCCGAGGGGGGCGAGCUGCACAAUGUUGCUGCGCUGACGGGGGGGAUGGUGGCGCAGGAGAUGAUCAAGAUCAUUACUAAGCAGUAUAUCCCUAUUGAUAAUACUUGCUUAUUUGACGGCAUUAGCAGCCGGUGCCAGAUCCUUCGCCUAUAG